AUGGAGAACUAUCAGAAAAUUGAGAAAGCCGGCGAAGGAGCAUACGGUAUCGUCUACAAGGCUCGAGAGCUGAACUACCCUAACCGCAUCGUUGCUCUAAAGAAGGUCCGACUCGAAACCGAGGAUGAGGGCGUCCCUAGUACAGCCAUCCGAGAAAUCUCCCUUCUCAAAGAAAUGAAAGACCCGAAUAUUGUCGAGUUGCUGAAUAUCGUACAUGUCGAUAGCCACCAACUCUAUCUUGUCAUGGAGUUCUUAGACUUGGACCUGAAGAGAUAUAUGGAGGCAUUGCCUGUCAGCGAAGGUGGCCGCAGUAGACCUCUACCUAAUGGAUUGAGCAUAAGCCUUGGUCUAGACGAAGCGAUGGUGAAGAAGUUCAUGGCACAACUUAUUGAGGGUAUCCGCUAUUGCCACAGUCAUCGUAUUCUGCAUCGUGAUUUAAAGCCGCAGAACUUGCUUAUUGACCGGGAGGGUACUCUGAAAUUGGCAGACUUCGGACUGGCUCGGGCUUACCGCGUUCCGCAGGGGAGGUAUACCCAUGAGGUUGUGACCCUAUGGUAUCGUGCUCCGGAAAUUCUUCUUGGUGGUCGCCUGUACUGCACCGGCGUCGAUAUGUGGUCUGUGGGAGCUAUUUUUGCUGAGAUGUGCACCCGCAAGCCACUCUUCCCUGGUGACUCGGAAGUUGACCAAAUCUUCAAGAUAUUCCGCCUCCUUGGUACUCCUGACGAAGAGAGCUGGCCUGGUGUCACUGAGUUACCCGACUACAAAGCCAGCUUCCCUAAAUGGAAGCAGCCCAACACCACUCUGGUGCCCGGCCUAGAGAGUUCUGGCUGCGAGCUACUAGAGGCUCUUCUCCAGUACGACCCCGCGAAAAGGCUCUCCGCGAAGCAGGCUUGCCUGCAUCCUUACUUUCGUAAUGAAAGUUCAUACUACUCUGGUCGCGCUCGCUGA